CACUCCGCCCUGCCCCGCGGCCACGCCCCCAGUCCCCGCUCUAUUCUUGCAGUCGAAGCACAGCAGCUGGAGGAGUCGUACGCGUCGCCAGGUCAGCCAUGUCAUCUGAGCCUCCCCCGCCGCCGCAGCCCCCCAUGCAUCAGACUUCUGUAGGGCUAUUGGAUACCCCUCGCGCCCGGGAUCGCUCUCCAUCCCCUCUGCGGGGCAAUGUGGUCCCUAGCCCUCUGCCUACCCGCCGGACAAGGACCUUCUCAGCGACGGUGCGGGCCUCGCAGGGCCCUGUCUACAAAGGAGUCUGUAAAUGCUUCUGCCGGUCCAAGGGCCACGGCUUCAUCACCCCAGCUGAUGGUGGUCCUGACAUCUUCCUGCACAUCUCUGAUGUGGAAGGGGAGUAUGUUCCGGUGGAAGGCGACGAGGUCACCUAUAAGAUGUGCUCUAUCCCGCCCAAGAACGAGAAGCUGCAGGCUGUAGAGGUGGUCAUUACCCACCUGGCACCAGGGACCAAGCAUGAGACCUGGUCCGGGCACGUCAUCAGCAACUAGGGACCUGCAAGAACUCCUUCUCCUGGGCUUGAGGGAGGCUUUGGGGGAAGGAGGAGCGGGCCACCCUGGAUAUAACAUUCUACCACACAAGAUGGGGGCCUCAAGGCGGGCAUGGCCCCUUUCAGGCAUUUCCUGGAGGGAAGGAGUUGCGGCAGGCAAGGGGUGCUCCCAGCCACCAGUGCAGCCUCCAGCCAUUGCAACAAGCUCUCACUGUCUGAAAAGCAUUAAAAGCAUUUGAAAAGGAGAGGCACCUGCGGAGGCUGAGUGGAGAGGAUGCAGCCCCAGCCCAAGGCUCCCGCGUAGGCCAAACGUGCUAUUUUCCCAAAUGCCCCCUUCAGAUCAAGCCCAUAAGGACUAUUCCUGGAACUAGAAACAGAAAUCUUGAGCAUUUUGGCCCCCUGAGGGAUGCCACCAGCCCUAUGAGACUUUCCAUGACUCAGUGCCCUAACUUAGGACCAGGUCAGUCCAGCCUCAGCCUGGCUGAUUGGGGGAGCUGACUUAUGUAUGUGGGGAGCUUUCCAGGGGACUUUGCCUCUUGGUGCCUUUGCAGCAGGUGUGUCUCCACCUGGGAAAGACUCUAACACUUAGGAUCUCUGCCCUAGCCUGGAGUUAGGCACUGACCCCACUCCUGAGAAGGCUGGUCUUUUCUACUUGCCGCUAGGGAUAAGGUGGCCUCCAUGUGGCAUUAAAAGCCUGUCAUUAAAGUAAUGCCUAAGGUGGCUCUGGGGGUGGGGACGGGACCUCAGCAGGAAGGCCCUAGAAGGGAUGGUGGUGCUUUAUUUAAAAACAGAAUCCCGGCUAGUGGUGCAUGCCUGUAAUCUCUGCACUUGGCAGGCCGAAAGAGCAUUCUAGGCCAGCCUAGGCUACAAUCAAUGUCUCAGAACAAGGGACGGGGAUAUAGCUUAGGGGUAACGAGUGCUUUGCUUAGCCUGGCUUGUGCGGGAGUCUCCAUCCCACUGCUAGCAUGCAUCCUCAGAUGUUGACACUGACCCACAGAAGACAGGCAGCUUGCUUUCUGAUGCCUUGUAAGGUUAGGAGCUGAAGGAGAAAUAUCACCUCUCCUUGGAAAUCAAAGGUAUAUUCUUUAAGACAGGCCUAAUAAAUGCCUAAGGAUCUUUCUUCCCCCUUUGGGAGUCCAGAGCCCUGGAAAUGCCAACAGCACAGCUACAAUGAA